AUAACAUUUUUGCAUUUUUGUAAAUUAAUUAAAACCAUAUAAUUUCCCACGGGAAAGUGGAAUCGAAACAUUCAAACAAUUUAUGUUCUUGCAUUGAAAACAAUACAAAAUAGGGUGUGUAAAGUCCUGUGAAUCUAUAAAGCUAUAACAGCAGCAGUACUUAUUAGGAGAACGAAUCAUUAGCUUUUAAUUAGGCAUACCUUUCAUCGCAUUCAAGAAAAAUGGCUACUUUGGAAGAUAAGAUUCUUGGUGAAAAACUACACAAUUAUUGUAGUAGCAGUGAAGACGAGGGUUCUGAUGAUGAAGACAACAGAAGUGGUGACGAGGAGGGAAACACCAUCAGCAAGUCCAGCGCCCGAGCUGAGCUGCCGCCAGUCAACAACUGGACCGGUACAGCUAGUAACACAGGCCCUAAGGGGGUCCUCGAAGAUUGGAGGAGAUUUAAGCAGCUAGAAGCAGAAGAACGUAAGUUGCUAGCGAGAGAACGGGUGGAAAUGGCUAAAAAGAUGACUAUGGCCGUCAAAACUGACCGUGAAGAGGAAGAAGCAAAGGAGAUUGAUGAAUUGGAGGAUGAAUUAAAUGAACUGAUCGACGAGGGAUUUCUAAUGAAAUACCAGCAGCAGAGAAUGCAAGAGAUCAUGUCUCAACUGCAAAAAACUCCAAAAUUUGGGAAGGUUGUGACACUGGAGAACCAGGAACAGUUCUUGAAUGCUAUUGACAAGGAGGACACGAAGGUAACUGUCAUUAUACACAUUUUUAGCAAUAAUGUUGAAGGUUGCAGCACUAUGGAUGGUUGUUUGAGUGUGCUGGCGUCAGAUUACCCAGCUAUCAAGUUUUGUCGCAUAGCAGCUGACAUGGCAGGUUUGAGUCGCCAUUUUAGAGUUGAUGGUGUUCCUGCAUUAUUGGUGUACAAAGGUGGCCAAAUUAUUGGUAAUUUUGUCAAAUUAUCAGCAGAGCUGGGAACGGACUUCUUUGCUAAUGAUGUUGAAAGGUUUCUCAUAGAGUAUGGUAUGCUCCCAGAAAAUUAAUGUUAGAUUUUUUUACUGCUACUGGACCUUUGUUUUAUACUUAAUAUUAUUAUUAUGAGUAUAAGGUGUAAGUUACAAUUUAAAAGGCAAGUGCUAUAAAAUAUAGCACUUGCCUUUUAAAUUGUAACUAAGGUUGUAAUAAAAAGUAAAUUACUCAUAGGCCAUAGCUUUAGAAGUAACAGCAUUUAUAAUUUACUAAUAUCUCACACUUAAUAUUAUAGAAUAAGAAACUUAGCAAAAUACCCAUGUAGCAAAAACCUCAAAGAAAAGUUUGUACUUUUUAAAAUAUAAGAUGUUUCCAAAUC